CUGCCGCCGCCGCCGCCGGUUGCGCCGAGGUUCCCCGCGCGAGAACGCCUGAAUCAGAUAUCUGCCUUAAUAAUUUUAAGAUUUUACAGUCGAAACGUUUAGUUUGCUGUUUCCAGCAAAAUACUACUCUAGAAGAUACAAAAUAAAAAAAUGGUCAUGGAGGCAUCUCCUUCGCCACAGAGCGUCGGUCGGGAGUUCGUCCGACAAUAUUAUACGUUGCUGAAUCAAGCACCGGCUCACCUUCACAGAUUUUACAAUCAGCAUUCUUCCUUCGUGCACGGGGGAUUGGAUUCCAAUCGGGAGUGCACCCCGGCGAUUGGGCAGAAGCAGAUACACCAGAAAAUUCAACAGCUGAAUUUUCGCGACUGCCAUGCCAAGAUAAGCCAGGUUGAUUCCCAGCUUACGCUUGAAAAUGGUGUUGUCGUCCAGGUAUCUGGAGAAUUAUCUAAUGCCGGGCAACCAAUGCGUCGAUUCACCCAAACUUUCGUACUGGCUGUGCAAGCGCCGAAAACUUACUACGUGCACAAUGAUAUCUUCCGCUAUCAAGACUUGAUAUUUCCGGAUGAGGAUGAAGCUGAUGUAAGUGGCGGAGAUAGCGGGGAGAGUGGCGAAAGAGAAGUUGAGGAAAUUGGUCGAUCUGAACCCGAGGAAGAUGAACAUCAGACUCAGGCGCAACAGCUGUCGGCUCCUGCUCAAGCUGCCGAGCAGCAAGCUCAACCACCUCUCAUUCCGACGCAGCAACCUCCGCUUCAACAACAGCAGCCGAUGUAUUAUGCUGCACCACCCCAACCACAUGUUCAUCCGGUGAUACAGCAAGUAUUGAAUGGAACAGUGCAUGAAGAGACAAUUAAUCAACAACUACCACAACAACAACAGCAGCAGCAACAGCAACCGCCGCCACCACCUCCAGCACAACAGCAUCCAUAUAUAGCCGAACCAGCCGCUCAAUCUCAGUUUGUACAGGAGGCAGAGCUGAGUAAUGGUGAGCAGCAACAGCAACAGAGCGAGAAUGAGCCGCAGGCUCAGACAGAGGAGAGGAACGAACAACCUGAGACAGAAGCGUUCACCGCAUCUACGCAAGAGACCGAACCUGAGCAUCAGGUUUCCAACAUCACUGUCAACAGCAGCGGGCCCAAGACGUACGCUACCUUGGUAAAGUCUUUCCCAAACACUACUACUGGUGCUACUAGCCCACAAGCUCCUAAACUGUCCAUGUCUCCGCCACCUAUGACAAAUCUACGUUUGGAUGACAGAUCACCAUUGCAUCCUGCAAAUAAUGGACCAGCAUCAACAACGGUGUCUAAUAAUGUAUCUGCAGCUCAGCAACAAACUCAUCGAGUAAGUGGAAAUCAACCACCUCAACAACAACAACAGCAACAACAACAACAACAUCCUCAGCAGCAACGAGUUCCAAGAGGAGGAUUAGUACAAAGAGAUGGAGAACGUCGUGGCACAAGAUUAGGGCAAUACAGUGAUGCUCAUCAACUUUUCCUGGGUAACUUACCACACAAUGCCUCUGAGAAUGACCUGCGCCAGGUAUUCGAGCGUUAUGGUAGAGUCGCUGAAUUGCGCGUACACAGUAAAUCGAAUGACAGAUGCAAAGGUCCACAAGGUGGAAAUAAUACCGCUCGAGUACCUAAUUACGGAUUUAUUACAUUUGAAGAUAUACAAGUUGUGACUAAGGUGUUGAACUCUUUGCCUAUCUAUUAUCCUGACGAAAGUGGACAAAAAUUAAAUGUGGAGGAAAAGAAAGUCAGACCUAGGCCGAUGUUAGACGGUAGUGGCGGUAGAUUGAAUUCUGGAGAUGGUGGAAUGCGAUCUAUGGGUGGCCAACAACAGCAACAACAGCAGCGCGGACCAGGUGGACCUGGGAGCGUGAUGAGAGGAGGACAACAUGGUGCGCGAGGUGGUCGUGGAGGAUUUUCACGGGGUGGUGAUGGCGGUAGGGGUGGUGGCAUGCGACAGCCAGGCAAUCCAAGUAAUCCCGGAUAUCAAAACCGUCGCUAAUACCGGCCACAUUACGAAACAGUUGCAAGAGCCCCUUCUUAUUUCGUCUCUAUCGAAUAAAAGUCACCGGUACCACGACACAUCUGUCAUCUUCAUUUUGAGAAGCGGAAUCCAGGACUAUUUCGUAUGUCAUAUGACCUCAUCACUGAUGCCAACCUCAUAUGCUUAAACGUCGCUUGCAACAACGUUCGUCAAGCAACAGCAACAGUCGAUAUUAGCUGACGCAGCUCAAAGAGAAAUCGUACGAAACAUGAGCUCGAACAUGAAUGGCGCGCCAAUCGAAGUCUCGGACGAAGAUCGUUCCUCGCGCGAGACUUCGAGCUCGGUGUUGUGUGUGUGUGUCUAAAAUUAUCGGUUAGGUAGCCGAUGAUUAUUGGUUCGAAUUCGUCCUUCGUACAUCGAUAACCGGGCAAUCCCGUAGGACUUUGCGACGCGAAGCACUCAUAAGCGGAAUGCAAUUAUAGAUACACACAUAUGCAUACGCAUACACACACGUGCAGCCGUGUGACAAGUCCAAAAAGAGUUUACAGGAGAACGUUGUCGGAGUGGAAAAUUUUAGUGCAAACGAAAAAGAGGCGGCGGAACGUGAUCUAAAAUCGGGAAAUGUGUCGAAACUCUUUGUGAGGCGAUUUUUAGAGUGGUGCGCGGUAUUUAUUACUCCGCGCAUUUCCUUCGGCUCGCCAGAUCGCAGGACGAAAAGGCAGCGGAACGAAUUCCAACGCAAAUCGUACCAUGUAACUAUGGGACAGCCAAGCGAGAUCAAAGAGAAGAAGUCGGAGUGUCGCUGUGACAUGCGUAAUCUCGUGUACGCUUUCGAGUCGACUCACCAAUCGCUGACAAAACGGUCCCGACAAAACGCCGCGGAUGAAGAAUCGGCGUAGGUAGCAAUCACACGGAUCGAAUUCCGACAAAAACGACUACAGGAUUCCAAGACUGUGUCCCGGUUGCACGCGGCAGAAGAAAACAGAAAGAUAAAAGAGGAAAAGCGACAGUUUCUUUUCUUCUAUGAUCUUUUUCUCUAUUUAUAUCGCCGAUCAUUGAUUGACCGGUAUCAAUCAUGGACAAGAAAAUGCUUCUAGACUGCGGCAACUGGUCUCGCCGGUUUUUUCUCCCUCCCUCCCGCUCCAUCUGCAUACAAUCAUCCUGGCCUCGUCUCGUUUGCAGUCCGGAACUUUUUGUUCGUGCUUGUCGUACUCCUGGUCUCGUUAUCCUUCCCUUUCCCUUUCCUUCUAGAUAAAAUUAUAUUCUCCUAAUAUCUUUCUGCGCUAAUUCAUUCUCUCAUAGAAUUUUCUAGUAUCUACCUCCCUGUCCCUUCACAUACUUAUUACUACUUUUGUUUAGGUGAAGUUAGUAAGGAUCGCGCGCGUGCAUGGUCUAUCGUUGUGUCGCUCAAUCGCUAAAUUGUCAGUCACGUGACAGCGUUUUUACGAAGGUUAAUAAUAUUUUCUAACUUUUAAUCGCAGAACUACACCGAGUAUUAAAUGUGAACUGCAAUCGGCACGGUGCGGAAAUGUGUCCGAUGUAACGACAACGUUUCCGUACUAUGUAAACCUAAUUGCAGGAACAUCUUUUUCGGUACAGAACGCACUUACUUUUGUCUGGAGACAAUAUUUAUUUGCAUUUCUUGAUGAAGUACAUUCGUAUGCCGCAAACUACUUAGGGCAUAAAGCGAAACAAGAAUUCUAGUCAGCAACAGCGUUCACAAGCAAUGCGCGAGAGGAGUUCUGCGAUUAUUAUUGAUUGGGCGAUACGUUUCUCCUGGCCUAUCAGCCUCAUUCCUUUACGAAACUAUCGUAAUUUUGGAAAUGAUCAAUCUGAAAUUCACGCGAUACUGUUACACAUAACAACGUCAAGUGCAGAUUUUUAAUUUAUCUUUUUCUUGUCGCAAUGAUAAUAUGAAAGGACUCAAAAUGUUGCACUUGACAAUAAGUAUGCAAGAAAAAGAAUAAGCGAGAAUGAGAGAGAGAGAGAGAGAGAGAGAAUGUUUGUGUCUGCAUUUCUUGUCGUUGUGAUCAAGAUCGUGAAGAUUGUUAACGUAGAUCACGCACGAGCGCGACUCCAUCCGCAGUAGUCUGUAAUCGAAAAGGAAAAAAAGGGAAAAAAAAAUGAAAAUGCGUUGCGACGACCCGCGUCUGGGACAUGGCGACCGCGCCCCCGCGACUCCUCGGGGCCCCGCCUCAUUUAACGUUAUUUUUUUUUUUAGCAUGCACUUUAGUGAUUAAUAUUUGUCAUGUAGUAUUAUACGCGACAUCGGUGUCUCGUUUAAUGCAACUCGACAACGAUGACGACGACGAUGACUGAUAAUGACGUUGACAAUGACAAUGGCGGUGAUGACAACGCGACCGCUUUGACGCAGACGCGGAUAAAGGGUAGGUUUCGCGUGGCUGCGAUUCUGCGGUUUGCUAUUUUCGGAAAGUAGAUAAAAAAAAAAGAAAUAAAAGACGAGUAAAGCCAACAAGUAUCUCAAACAUGCGUUGGAUGUAACGUCUCAGUCUUAAGCCUAUAUCUAUAUUUCCGUUAUAAAUAUUUAAACAAAACGCUAUGUAGGAAAUAACGAAGAUUCGAUCCAUCGAGUCCUUUCCUUUAUAAGUUAGUUUAGUAACGCGCGAAAACAUAUUUUGAAUUUUUGUCUAUAGUUAUCACGUAAUUGGCAUAAACUUUAGUAUUGUUAUAAAAGAAAAAAAAAAAAAGAAAAAUUGAUCAUUAAAUCUGAACCAGAAAUAUA